GGCUUGAGCCACCGCGCCCGGCACAGGAUUAAUUUCUAAAGUCUCCUGUUACAUGAGAAAGCAGUUCAGAAGCGGAAAGAAAGGAGCCAGGCAUGGCUCUUCCUCAGGGACGCCUGACUUUCAGGGAUGUGGCUAUAGAAUUCUCUUCCGCAGAGUGGAAAUGCCUGACCCCUAUGCAGAGGGCUUUAUACAGGGACGUGAUGUUGGAGAACUACAGGAACCUGGAGUCUGUGGACAGUGGCAACCUCAAUUGUAGCUCAUUCUUAAGGAAAUAUCAAAUAAGCCCUUUAGUAAACAAACAAUAUGAAUGUGGUGUGUGUGGCAGGGUCUUUAAUGAGAAGCGAUGUGUUGAAAGCCAUCGCAGAUGUCACUCUGGUGAGAAACCUUACAAGUAUAAUAACUGUGGGAAGCCCUUCAGUCACAAGUUAUGGCUCCAACGCCGUCAUAGACUUCAUACUGGAGAGAAACCUCACAAGUGUAGUGAGUGUGGCAAGACCUUCAAUAAGAUGUCAUCCCUUACAUGCCAUCGUAGACUUCAUACUGCAGAGACACCUUACAAGUGUAAUGAGUGUGGCAAGACCUUCAGUCGAAAGUCAUACCUUACAUGCCAUCAUAGAGUUCAUACUGGAGAGAAACCUUACAAGUGCAAUGAGUGUGGCAAGACCUUCAAUAAGAUGUCAUCCCUUACAUGCCAUCGUAGACUUCAUACUGGAGAGAAGCCUUACAAGUGUCAUGAGUGUGGCAAGACCUUCAGUCAAAAGUCAUCCCUUACAUGCCAUCGUAGAUGUCAUACUGGAGAGACACCUUACAAGUGCAAUGAGUGUAGCAAGACCUUCAGUCGAAAGUCAUAUUUUAUAUGCCAUCAUAGACUUCAUACUGGAGAGAAACCUUACAAAUGUAAGGUUUGUGACAAGGCUUUUAGACGUGAUUCACACCUGGCAAAACAUAAUAGAAUUCACACUGGAGACAAUCGUUACAAGUGUAUUGAAUGUGGAAAGACCUUCAGUAGUAAUUCCUCACUUGUAAUUCAUGAGGUAAUUCAUACUGGAGAGAAACCGUACAAGUGUAAUAAGUGUGGCAAGACCUUCAGUCAAAAGUCUUCCCUUACAUGCCAUCAUAGACUUCAUACUGGAGAGAAACCUUACAAAUGUAAGGUUUGUGACAAGGCUUUCAGACAAGAUUCACACCUUACACGACAUACUAGAAUUCACACUGGAGAGAAACCUUACAAGUGUAAUGACUGUGGCAGGACCUUUAGUCGAAAUUCAUCACUUGUAAUUCAUGAGGCAAUUCAUACUGGAGAGAAACCAUACAAGUGUAAUGAAUGUGGCAAGGUUUUUAAUCGCAAAGCACACCUCGUAUGUCAUCAUAGACUUCAUACUGGAGAGAAGCCUUACAAGUGCAAUGAGUGUGGCAAGACCUUCAGUCAGGUGUCAUCCCUUACAUGCCAUCGUAGACUUCAUACUGGAGAGAAACCUUACAAAUGUAGUGAGUGUGGAAAGACCUUCCAUCAAAUGUCAUCGCUUACAUAUCAUCGUAGACUUCAUACUGGAGAGAAACCUUUCAAGUGUAAUGAGUGUGGCAACACCUUCAGUCAAAAGUCAUCCCUUACAUGCCAUCGUAGACUUCAUACAGGAGAGAAGCCUUACAAAUGUAAAGUUUGUGACAAGGCAUUUACUCAUAAUUCACACCUGGCACAACAUACUAGAAUUCACAGUGGAGAGAAAACCUACAAAUGUAAAUAGUGUGGCAAGACCUUCAGUCAGGUGUCAUCCCUUACAUCCCAUCAUAGACUUCAUACUGGAGAGAAAUCUUCCAAGUGUAAUAAGUGUGGCAAAGCCUUUAGUUCAACAGUCAUCAGUUAUUCGACAUCAAGCAAUUCAUUGUAUAGAAACUUUACAAAUUCACUGAUUGUCAUGAAGUCUUCAGUAAUGCUACAACUAUUGCAAAUCAUAAUCCAUAAUGUAGAAAGAUCUUACACGUGUAGUAAAUGUGACAAGAAUUUUUGAUAAUUGUUCAUACCUUGCAGUUAAUUGGCAAAGCCAUAUUGGAGAGAAACCUUAAAAGCGUAAUGAGUGUGGCAAGACCUUCAGUCACAUGUCAUCCCUUUUAUGCCAUUAUAGACUUCAUAGUGGGGAGAAACCUCACAAGUGUAAUGAGUGUGGCAAGAUCUCCAGUCACAAUUCAUCUCUUGUACUUCAUAGGGCAAUUUAAACUGGAGAGAAACCUGACAUUUGUAAUGAAUGUAGCAAAACCUUUGGUCGCAAUUCAGCCCUUCCAGUUCAUUUGCAGUUCAUACUGGAGAGGAACCUUACAAGUGUAACGAAGGUGGUAAGGUGUUUAAACAACCAUCAAGACGUGCACAUCAUCACAGACUUCAUACUGGAGAGAAACCUUACUGGUGUACUGAAUGUGGCAAGGUUUUUAACCAACAAGCAACCCUUGCACGUCGUCAAAGACCUUCUACUGCAGAGAAACCUUACAAAUGUAAAAAAUGUGACAAAGUUUUCACUCCCAAAUCACACCUUCAGAUGCAUAAGAGCGGUCACACUGAAGAAAAAGCUUACAAAUGUAAGGUUUAUGACAAGGCUUUCAUGUGUAAUUCAUACCUGGCAAAACAUAUUAGAAUUCACACUAGAAACAAUCCUUACAAGUUUAAUUAGUGUAGCAAGACCGUCAGUCAAAAUUUAGCUUUAAUUUAUAAGACGAUUCAUACUGGAGAGAAACCUUACAAGUGUAACGAAUGUGGCAAGGUUUUUAAUCAAAAAUCAAAUCUUGCCCAUCAUAAUAGACUUCAUACUGGAGAGAAACCUUACAAAUGUGUAGAAUGUGACAACAUUUUUAGUCCCAAAUCACACCUUGAAAGACACAGGGUAAAUCAUACUGAAUAGAAACCAUAGACAUCUGAGAUUUGUGACAAGGCUUUCGGGCAGGAUUCACACCUGGCAUAACAUACUAGAAUUCACAACGGAGAGAAAACUUAACACGGGUAAUGAGUAUGGCAGUGCCUUUGGUGGACAGUCAACACUUAUUCAUCAUUAAGCAAUCCAUGGUGUAGGGAAACUUUAGUAAUGUAAAGACAGUUACAAAGUCUUGAGUAACACCAUAACCAUUGCAAAUCAUUGGAAAUUUCCUGAUGAAAAGACAUCUUACAAGUGUGAUAAAUGUGACAGAUUUUUUGAACAUCGUUAAUACCUUUCAGUUUAUCUGCCAACUCAUGCUGGUGAGAAAACUUACAAAUGUCAUGAUUGUGGCUAGGUCUUCAGUGAUACUUCACCUUAUGGAAAACAUAGGAGAAUUUAUACAGGAGAGAAACCUCCCCAGUGUGAUCAUGGUGGCAAAGCUUUACUUCACAUUCACACAUGAUUAGACAUCAGAGAAUCCAUAGUGGACAGAAAUCUUACAAAUGUCCUAAGUGUGGCAUGGUCUUUAGUCCAAGGUAUCUCCUUGCAGAACAUGAGAAAAUUCAUUCUGGAGAUAAUUGUUCAAAAUGCAUUGAAUAAGCAGCCAUCAAUAAUUAAUUGAAAUUAGAGUCAGUUAAGCAUCGACUUGAGUUUGAGUUGACUUAACAUUGAGUUCAAGCAUUAAUUGACAUUAAAGUGUUUAUGUUAAGAUGAUUGGGCCAAGCAGGGUGACUCAUGCCUGUAAUCCCAGCACUGUGGGAGGCCAAGAUGGGUAGGUCGCUUAAGGUAAGGAGAUUUGGACCAGCUGGUCCAACAGACGUGAUCCCCUUUCCCCAGCCUGUUGUUUUUUGUUUUGUUUUGUUUUUGUUUAACAAAAACUGAUACGGGGUUUUAUGGGUAUUGUGCUGAAUCUAAAUCACAUUCAUUUAUAUAAUCAUUUCACUAUAUUUUUCCAAUCCAUCAACAUGAGUUGUGUGUCUCUUUGUUUUUAGUCAUUUUGAUCAGUGUUUGUAGAUGUCAAGGUAGAAACUUUUCACCUUUAUUCCUAAGUAUUUCUUAA